GGUCGUGACUAUAUGCAGACUCGUCCGAUGAUAUUGUCUGGUACUCGACUGAAUGUGAACUUUGCUCCAAUCACAACGCUGGAAAGUGUGACGGUAGCUUUCCAAAACCGGGACGAAGAUUUCCCGUUUUAUAUCUCGAUGGAAUUCCACGCUCAGAAAGCAAAACUGGACGUCAAAAUUAACGGAACGUGGCAACGUUUGUAUGUGUACGACGGGAAAAACGAACAAGCUUUCACUGCAAGCGUGACUUCACAGCAUACAGUUACGUUAGACGUCGAUCAAACCGGACUGACACAAAUCUAUUUGGACGGUGUGGCAAUAACGGAUUACAGACACCCUCUCAUGGAUGUUACCCGUUCGAACAAUCUCUACGUUGGUUCAUCCUCUGACAAUGUUAUGUUGACACGCUUGGAAUUUAAGAGACUACGUUAGACCGUUGCAACAUACUCGAACAAUAUUAUGGUGACCUGUUUUUAAUUUGAGCGACAACGUUAAACCAUAACAUUUUUAUUUAGAAAGGGACACUUAAUAUAAGACACUUAAUAUACGCGUAAAG